GUCGCAACUGCCUGCAAUGAUAGUCAACCCCACUCUCCUGCAACACUUUUGCCUUCCGGUGCUUGCUAAAUACCGGGUCCUGAUCAUCGUCAUUCUUCUCCCUCCUACUUCUCCCUCUCUCUUCCCACGCCAAACCUGUCACAACAUCACCCAUUCAUACCGCCCAUAACAUAGAGAUUGACUAUACCUCAACACCGCAAUCAUGGGUUACACAAAGGAAGACUGGCUUGCGAUCAACACGAUCCGCAUUCUUGCUGCCGAUGCCACGUUCAAGUCCAACUCCGGCCACCCCGGUGCGCCUAUGGGCAUGGCGCCGGUCGCCCACGUCCUGUGGAACAAGUUCAUGAAGUUCAACCCUAAGGACCCUAAGUGGCUGAACCGUGAUCGAUUCGUGCUCUCCAACGGCCACGGAUGCAUGCUUCAGUAUGCCCUUCUCCACCUGUACGGCUACGCCGUCUCCAUGGACGAUAUCAAGGCUUUCCGAACUGUUGACAGCAUCACCCCCGGUCAUCCCGAGGCUCACGACACGCCCGGCAUUGAGGUUACUACUGGACCUCUCGGACAAGGUAUUUCGAACGCUGUUGGUCUUGCCAUCGCCGAAGCCCACACUGCUGCCACCUUCAACAAGGAUGGCCACCGCAUUGUGGAUAACUACACAUACACCUUCUUGGGUGACGGUUGCUUGAUGGAGGGUGUCUCUGCCGAAGCCUCGUCUUUGGCUGGUCACUUGCAGCUCGGUAACCUGAUUGCCAUUUACGACGACAACCACAUCUCCAUUGACGGUGACACCAACGUCGCCUUCACGGAGGAUGUUGUCAAGCGAUACGAGUCAUACGGCUGGCACGUUGUGACCGUUGACGAUGGUGAUAACGAUCUCGAUGCUAUCGAGGCUGCUAUUAAGCAGUGCCAGGAGGUUAAGAACAAGCCUUCCAUCAUCAAGCUGAGGACCACCAUUGGUUUCGGCUCCAAGCAGCAGGGAACCCACGGUGUCCAUGGCUCACCCUUGAAGGCCGACGACAUCAAGCAGCUCAAGGAGCGAUUUGGCUUCAAUCCUGAGGAGAGCUUUGUUGUUCCCCAGGAGGUCUACGACUUGUGCAACAAGCAAGCUGCCAAGGGUGCAGCUGCUCAGGAGGAGUGGAACAAGCUCCUCGAGAGCUACGGCAGCAAGUACAAGAGCGAGCACGAGGAGCUCGUUCGCCGACUCAAGGGCGAGCUGCCUGCCGGAUGGGAGAAGAGCCUCCCAACUUACACGCCUUCCGAUCCCGCCAUCGCAUCGCGAAAGCUUUCCGAGACGGUUCUGACCAAGAUUGAGGGCGUUCUUCCCGAACUCAUUGGUGGUUCCGCAGAUUUGACUGGCUCCAACCUGACCAGAUGGAAGGAUGCAGUUGACUUCCAAGCCCCUUCCACUGGUCUUGGUACCUACGCUGGACGAUACAUCCGCUUUGGUGUUCGUGAGCAUGGCAUGGGUGCCAUUUUCAACGGUAUCGCUGCCUAUGGUACUCUGAUUCCUUACGGCGGUACCUUCCUGAACUUCGUUUCGUACGCUGCUGGAGCUGUGCGCUUGUCCGCCCUGUCUCAGGUCCGCCUGAUCUGGGUUGCUACGCACGACUCCAUCGGUCUAGGUGAAGAUGGUCCUACCCAUCAGCCUAUCGAGACGUUGGCUCACUUCCGUGCUCUGCCCAACUGCAUGGUGUGGCGCCCAGCUGACGGUAACGAGACUAGCGCUGCGUACUACGUCAUGCUCACCUCCAAGCACACUCCCAGCAUCAUUGCUCUGUCCCGCCAGAACCUGCCGCAACUCGAGGGUUCUACUAUCGAUAGGGCGAUCAAGGGUGGAUAUGUAUUGCACGAGCAGGAGGGUGCUGAUAUCACCCUUGUUUCGACCGGCUCGGAGGUGUGCAUCUGCGUUGAUACUGUCCAGUAUCUUGCUGAGAAGCACAACCUCAAGGCCCGCGUUGUCUCCAUUCCUUGCUUCGAGGUGUUCGACGCACAGUCCAAGGAGUACAGACUCAGUGUCCUACCCGAUGGUAUCCCCUCUUUGUCCGUUGAGGUCAUGAGCACCAUGGGCUGGGAGAGAUACACUCAUGAGCAGUUCGGCAUCAACCGAUUCGGUGCUUCCGGUGCCUACAAGGAUGUCUACAAGAAGUUCGAGUUCACUCCAGAAGGAAUUGCGAAGAGGGCAGUUGCCACCGUUGAGUUUUGGAAGGACGUUCCCAACAUCCGCUCGCCCAUCAACAGAGCGUUCCAGCAACUUAUCUAAGAGUCUAGAGAAUUUGGGGUUAUUACAUGAUUUUGAUUUGCACCGAGCGGGACUGAAAUGGAUUCCAGGUAUAUAGACGUAAGAGUUAAAAUGAGAUGAAGAUUUGACAAGAUGACCACUUGUUUUGCUGUUCAGU